CUCCUAGUCCGGUCAUUGUUGAGAAGGGACUGAAGAUGGCCUAUAGGCCACAGUCAGAGGAGGUGGCGGAUUGGCGUUCACAGGCUGCGGUGAACAGACUAUUGAAGUUGCUCUGUCAAGGAUGGCUUGCCAUAUACAAGCUUCUGUCAGGCUGACCAGACGGUCUGUGGGUAAGCCAGAUGGGUAGAGAAGGAUCAGUAGCACUUCGAGCUCCAAGAAUAGCGCCGCCUCAUCUCACCCUCACCACGCGCUUCACGCAGGCUAGACCAUUAUGCCUCUGCACAAUCGUAAUACUGACUCCUCAGCUAGAGGCCGCGGGCCUAACCAUUCCGCGGUGGCAAGAUCGGAGGUGUUCUACGUCCGUAUUGGUGGAUCUUCGCCCACCCAGGAAGGUGGACAUGGCAAACGGAAAAAGUAUCAUAUCAGUGCGUCAUCUCCUGCCGUCUAAGCCGUCUGCCAUUCAGGUGGGCGGAGGCCUGUUGUCUGGGGCGAGGCGUAACGCCAGGUCAGCAUCAGGGAGGUGUAUGGAAUCUACCUUUGUGAGUGCACCAAUGGCUAUUGCUCGGAAGGUAUGUCAAUGGGUGUGCUGACUCCUUCCAACAUUGGUUACAUUGCAUGGACACGGUGUUAAAUAGUUCGGUCGACAAUGGUCUUGUGUAUCGCCCUGCGAGUGAUUCGGUCAAGUGUUGAUAUGCUCAUCCUUUGACGACCCUCGCGAGUUUCUAUCUGUGUUACCCGUGAGAGACAA